CUCGAUUGAUACUUUAUUAGAAAUAUUUUCAUAUGGUGAUAUUGAUCCAUCAGAUUAUCAUUCUGAUAACUCGGAAAGUGAUGAUGAUGAGGAUUCUCAUUUUGCUGCGAUUCGUGCUGAUGAUUACUUGCUAUGGCAACGUACUCCUUAUUUGGAUGAAUUUCGUCAAAAGAAAAAAGCUAGAAUGGAAGAGUUUCUAAAUGUCAAAGGAAAACUCGAUCAACAUUUUGAAAAUCUAGCUCAAAAAUAUUCAAUUCAUGAUUUAGAAAUCGAAAUGUAUAAAUAUUGUAGCAAAAUUAACAGUACUUAUAUGAAGGUUCCCGAAUUAAUAACCUUACAUGGUGCUUCUACAAAUCCUGAUUUUCCUGUAGAAUUAUUUCAAAUUCCUGGUAGAUAUAAUGGUGAUGGCUUGAAUCUUCAAAUUCCUGAUAUUCCUGAUUCUUGUGAUCAUUGUGUUGAUGCUAAUCCUAUUAAUAACGGCGAUAUUGAAUGUCAAAACAAACGUGGUUUAGAAGAUAAUGAUAUUGAACAACUCAAGAAAAGAAAAAUUUUAUCUUCUUCUUAA